AUGGACACCCCGACUCGAAGCCGGGCCUGGCCCCAGUCGGGCCCGGUGACGGCCCGGCGCCGGGCGCAAGCAUACCUUCUGGCGGUGUUGGUGGCGACGCUUGCGCUGGUGCUGACCCGGCCGGCGGCCGGGCAGUCCUCGACGCCGCCCUUCACGCUGUUGAGCUUUGUCUCGGCCAAUGACAAGCUGGUGCCGGGACCCGCGGAGGCGGAGCUGUACACCGAGGCCGAUGGCUCGACAUAUGCCCUGCUGUGGGACGGCCCGGCCAAGAGCCAGGCAAGCACCUACCAGGGCGUGAGCACGGCCACCGAGGGCGAAGUCCGCUGGGGCCCGCAAUUCCGGACGACCGUCAGCCACCACAUCGCGCGGCACAAUAUGCGGCCCAUGCUGGGGCCCGAUGCGGAGUUCCUGGUUUUCCCGCGGCCCACCCAGCGCCGGGGCUUUGCCAUGAUCCUCGAGUACACCUCCACGGCAUUCGCCCUCCUCGAGUGGUACGCCACCUACAGCUACCCGAAUGGCGGGACCGGCCAGGUGCUGAAGGGCUUCCUCAACAUCUUCACGCUGGAUGUGACGCUGCUGGUGGCGGUGGAAAAGGGCCCGGCCUGGGACAUCUUCUGGGUGGAGGUGACCGAGGGGAUGCCGGGGACCUUCGAGUCGUUGCUCUUUACGACGCACGUCAAGCCGACGGCCGAUCUGUUUGUGGAAGUGCCGACCGGCGGGGCGAUCUACGUGCCGCUGCUGGACAGCCUGGACACCUAUCAGCGCAUGUCCAAGCCGGGGCCGGUGAGCCGAAGCACGUAUGCAUGGGGGGCGCCCCUGCAGCAGGUGGUCCUGACGCGACUGGUGCCGCCGGCCAAUCUAAGCUGCCAGGGGGGCGACAUGGUGGCAUUGACUGUCCUCGGGCAGAUCGAGGUGAAGACGUGCUUCACGUCGCUCUGGUCCAAUCCCCGAUACACGACGAAGCUGCCCCUGGGGGCCGCCAGCACCGGGCGCCUGAUCGCCGCGCCGCUGGUGGACAGCUCCACGGUCGAACCGCACUUCUACUAUCUGGCCGAUGCCUCGACCGCCAUGCCGGCCACCCUGUGGCGGGUCCGGUUCCAUGCCGGCGGCAGCUUCACCUGGACGCAGGUCCGUUUGCCUGGCAGCGGGUGGGACCUGGCAAAGACGCAGUUGCUGCUGCUGCCGGUGACCGGCAGCCCGUCCAAGCGCUGGACCCUGGUCAUCGGGGGGCGGGCCUACUACGACCCGGCGGACUUCCUGUGUGGCGUCGACGCCACCAUCGCCUGCCCGGGGGAGCCCGGCUGGUGGGCCAGUCCCACCGGCUGGGUGUGCAAACCCCGGUCCAUCAUGGCGCCGAUGGUGGCCUCGCGGUCCCUGUGCUUCGGCUGCCACGCGGGCUACUAUGCGGACACUCGAGACAGGUGCUCCGUGUGCGCGGGGGACCUGCUGCUGGAGGUGAAGCAAGGCCCGUAUGCCGGCCCGGCGUCAUGCGUGGCAGCCUGCUCGCCCGGGUAUGUGCAAGAGGGCAGGCUGUGCGUGAAGAGCCAGGCCCGGCUGCCGAGCGGGGCCCUCGGCAUGGACAUGUCCCUGGGAGCAUAUGCCCCCCGGGUGUCGGGCUCAUCGACACCCGUGCGCGUGGUGGGCAUGGCCGCGACGCACCUGCUGUUGAACAGCCAAUCGCGGCUGAUGCUUCGACCGGAGUCUCGCCUCAAUCCGGACCUCCCGCGAGAGGGGGCCCUCCUGCUGACGGAUACCGGGGAGGUGCUGCUGUCGACCCUGAGCAACCUGUCGGCGGCCAGCCCGGCGCCCAUGGCCCGCGUGGCGAGUCUCAGCGGCCGGAGCAUGGAGCCCCGGCUGCGCGAGCUGGGCCCAUUCCCUGGGCUCAGGUACAGCGACGAGCAGCUGGCCAUUGUCUCCUGUGGGAGUCGCAUUUCGGUGGUCUUCGUGACGUGCUCCUUCCCGGCGUUUGGCAGCCCGACGCCAUGCACCGUGUCCGAUGCCACGGUGGUGGACCUGGGCCCGGGCAUGGAAAUAACCAAGUGCUAUGACAUGCACAGCGCCAGCUCCACGAUGGAGAUUCUCAUUCCGAUCGCCACAUCCACCAGCGGCCGCCACGUGGUCCGGCUGCGGAAGGACGUCUCCACGAUGGAGAUUCUCAUUCCGAUCGCCACAUCCACCAGCGGCCGCCACGUGGUCCGGCUGCGGAAGGUCGGCUCGCAGGCCGCCUUCGAGCACCACAUCGUGCGGGAUGUCCAUGCGGUGGCGGACUUGCCGGGGCUCAGCAUGGUCCUGACGCUGGACAGCUUCAAGACGGUGGCCCUCUACAAGAAGGACCUGGCGGCCAACGACCCGAGGACCGAGCUCCUGGCCCAGCAGGACAUCUCCUUCAGCGGCUAUUGGCAUUCGGUCUUCCGGGUGCCGGUGGUACGGGAGGCCGACUCCACCGUCCUGCGGUAUGACACGGUGUUCAGCGGCACCGAGUACGGCUCGUGGGUGGUGGCCAUGGCCACCAAGGGCGGCAUGUAUCUGACCGGCAAGCUGCUUGAUGCCACCCGGCCGAGGCAGGUCCUCGGCAAGCCGUACCUCCAGCCGGUCAAUGAGCGCUGCCUGCUGGCGGAGCUGGUGACCAGUGACCCGGAAUUCCCGGCCGCCUUGGUCUUGCUGUCGGACCGGGUGCUGGGCAUGGCGGUGGUCCAGUGCCUGCCGAACAGCCAGAACCAGUGCCACCUGCUGCCGGCCUUCUUCCACGAAGACCCUUACCGGGAAUUGGGCCUGGCCCAGAUGCAGGAUGUGGUGAUGCACGCGGCCGACCUGCGUGCCGGGCACUUUGCCACCCUGCUUGCGGUGAACCAGGCGGGCGAUGUCCAGCGCGUGGCCUUCAAGGCCGAUUGCCCUGCGCGGACUUUCGGCAUCUGGUGCAAGCCCUGCCAUGGGUCCUGCCUUGGCGGGUGCACCGGGCCGACGUCGGCCGAUUGUGUGGUCUGA